ACCCCUCCCGCCCUCCCGCCAAGAUGGCCGCGCCCGGCUGCCACGUGGGGGCCGGGGCUCGGUGGGAGGCGGCGGCGGGGACCGGAACCGGAGAAGGGACGGAAGAGGAAGCGGAAGAGGAAGCGGAAGAGGAAGCGGCAGCGGCCGCGGCGCUGCGGUCCGUGUUCCCCCGCGACCACGAGCUUUUCGCCGACGCCUUCCCGGUGGAGCGGCGGUACCGGCUCUGCGGGCGCGUCCUCCGCAUCGCCCAGCACCACGGGCCGCGGCUGGGACCGGCCGCCUCCGUCUGGGAGGCGGCCCUGUCCCUGUGCCGGUAUCUGGAGGAGCAGCGCUUCGAUUUUCGGGGCCGGACGGUGAUCGAGUUGGGUGCCGGCACCGGCAUCGUCGGCAUCCUCGCCGCCUUGCUGGGAGGGGAUGUCACCAUCACGGACCAACCGGCGGCGUUAGACCAAAUCCGGGAAAACGUCCGGCUGAACUUCCCGGAGGAGGGGGGUCGGCCGCGGGUACGAGCGCUGCUGUGGGGCCAGGACGAAGGCUCCUUCCGUCAGGAAUACGAGGUGAUUUUGGGAUCGGACAUCGUGUACCACCCCCCCUCCUUCCCCCCCCUCCUGGGGACACUGCGGCACCUCUGUGGCCCCCGCUCCUUCGCCCUCCUCUGUGCCAAAAUGCGGGGGGGGGACGCCGGCGCCCGCCGGUUUUUCCGCCAGAUGUUACCUCCGUAUUUUCGGAUCCAGCUGUUGCGGCGGGAAGCGGAAGAAGAAAUCGAGAUCUAUAGGGUGACCUGCAGGGGUGGGGGUGAUGAGGACCCUAUAGAAGAAGGUGGGGGGACACACACCCCAGCUGGGUGUUGUUCGGGGGGGGGGGCUGUGCCUGAUCUGGGGGUGCCCUGAGGGGGGAUUAAAUGGGUGUCAGGGGCCUCGGCUCA